AUGAGGUACCAAUUAGCGAAAUUAGUAAAAAAUGGACUCUUCAAAGAAGCCAUUGAACUUUACACAAAGCUCCAUGCUGCCGCGUUACCUCCCUCCAAAUUCACCUUCCCUUACCUCCUCAAAGCAUGUGCCAAGCUCAAUGCCGUUUCCCAUGGUCAAAUGCUCCAUGCCCACCUCAUCAAAACUGGGCAUCAAACAAACAUUCACACAGCCACAGACCUCACUAACAUGUAUACGAAAUUUCACUUAUUAAAUGAGGCCAUCAAACUGUUCGAUGAAAUGCCUGACCCAAAUAUAGGUUCCGUCAAUGUUGUUAUUUCUGGGUUUUUGCAUAAUGAGGAAUGCAAAGAAGCUUUCAAACUCUUUAAACUACUUAGUGUUGGGAAUGGUAAGCGCGAUUCGGUUACUAUAGCUACUGUGAUGUCUGCGUGCAGUGAUGUGGUGAAUGGCCGGCAAGUGCAUUGUUUGGCAGUCAAGAUUGGUGUUGAAAUGGAUGUUUAUGCUGCCACGUCGCUUAUGAUGAUGUAUUUUAGUUGUGGACGUUUGGCUUCUGCAAUAAGGUUGUUUGGAUUGGUUGGGGAUAAAAAUUUGGUGUGUUAUAAUGCUUAUAUAUCAGGGCUACUGCAAAAUGGGGUUUUUGGAAUGGUCUUAGACGUGUUUAACGAACUGAGAGAAUGUUUAGAUGAGAAAGCCAAUUCAGUAACCCUAAUUUCAGUUCUUUCUGCUUGUGCAAAUGGUAGGCAUAUCAAAUUUGGUAAGCAGCUUCACGCCUUUAUAGUUAAAGUUGACAUGGAUUUUGAUUCUAAGGUUGGAACUGCACUCGUGGAUAUGUACUCAAAAUGUGGUUCUUGGAGUUGUGCAUAUGAAUUCUUCAAAGAAAUGAGUUGUAAAAGGACCCUGGUGACUUGGAAUUCAAUGAUCGCCGGAAUGAUGUUGAACGAACAGAUAGAAACCGCCAUUGAACUUUUCGUCCAGAUGGAUUCUGAAGGAUUCAAACCAGACUCAGCGACAUGGAAUUCAAUGAUAAGUGGUUUUUCACAGUCAGGAAAGGCCGAUGAAGCCAUCAUGUUCUUCAGGAAGAUGGUAUCUUGUGGCGUAACACCAUGUAUGAAAUGCAUCACUAGCCUAUUACCGGCUUGCUCAGCUCUUGCUGCCUUGACUUAUGGCAAGGAGAUUCAUGCGUAUGUUGUGAGGACUGAUACCUACAGUGAUGAUUUCGUUGCUACUGCACUCAUUGACAUGUACAUGAAAUGUGGGCAUCCUUUGAAGGCACACUGUGUUUUCAAUCAGUUCAGCAUAAAGCCUGAUGAUCCAGCAUUCUGGAAUGCUAUGAUUUCUGGGCGUUGUUUGCGCCUAGAAUACGGCCUUUGGCUCAACGGUGCUGAAUGGUUGACUGCAAGAUGA